AUGCUUGACUGUAAACCGACCUCUACGCCCCUUGCUGCCAAAUCUUCUCUCUUAGCGACUGAGGGUGACUUGUUAUCUUCACCUACUUCAUACAGAGAGGUCGUGGGCUAUCUCCAAUACCUUACCAUCACUAGACCCGACUUGGCAUUCGCGGUCAACUCCAUUGCGCAAUACAUGAGCGCACCUCGUUCUUCUCAUAUGAUCGCUGUAAAGCGAAUCAUGCGCUACAUCAAAGGGACCCUUGAUUUUGGCUUAACUCUUCGUCCACAAUCACAACCCACACGUAUUUGUGCACACUCCGAUGUAGAUUAG